GGCGGAAGCUCGCAUUCGAGCUGGUGCAGAUCCUGGAUGUUCUCAAGGUGAUAGCCCAGAGAUGAUGUGAAGUUACUACCGCCAAAAUGAUGGAAGAGUCCAGGAAAGGAAAGACUAUAAAGUCUGCGUUUGAUAGCACCACUUUUGACGCGGAUGUAUCAAUUCAUGUCGAGCGCAAGGUUGGGUCGGCAACCAUCUCACCCUCGGGGCGAGAUGUUGCCCUUGCAUCUACUGAUGGACUUGAUAUUAUUGACCUUGACUCCCCUCUGAAUCCCCCGCGUCACCUUCGCCACGGUCUUCCUUGGCUUGUCGCGGAUGUACAAUGGUCGCCAUUUGCUGCACGGGAUUAUUGGGUUGUCAGUACCGCAAACCAAAAGGCAUUGGUAUGGAAUUUGAAUAUGCAGGAGGAUGCAUCACAAGGAGCCAUCGAACAUACGCUCCACGGGCAUACCAGAGCUAUCACGGAUAUCAACUUCUCUGCGCAUCACCCAGAUAUCCUCGCAACAUGCGCUGUCGAUGGUUAUGUACAUUGCUGGGACUUGCGGCGGCCGAGACAGCCUGUUCUUACCUUUUGCGAUUGGUUUGCCGGAGCCACACAGGUCAAAUACAAUCGUCAAGAUUCACACAUUCUAGCCUCUUCUCAUGAUCGGUGGCUCAGGAUUUGGGAUGAUAGGAAGGGUGCUGCACCAUUGAGAUCUAUCGAUGCACACGAAUCCAAAAUUUAUGGCGUCGAUUGGAACCGUACUAGGACCACAGGAAUAGUGACUUGCUCACUGGACAAAAGCAUUAAGUUUUGGGACUACGGCAAUGAGUUGGACGAGCCGGAACGCAUUAUCAGGACUGACUUUCCUGUAUGGCGAGCACGGCACACUCCCUUUGGAUGGGGCCUCCUAGCCAUGCCGCAGGAUACUCCCGGACAGCUCCAUCUUUACGAGCGCAGGCUGAAAGGUGGUGUUGUAGACUCGAAGGCUACCACAGUUAAAACAUUUCCUGGACAUGGGAACUAUAAGGUCAAAGAAUUCUUGUGGAGAACCCGCGGCGGUAUCACGGAUGAUGGGGUUGAUAACCGAGAAUUCCAACUUGUAUCUUGGGGCGAGGACAAUCAAUUGCGCUUACAACGUGUGGAUGCUGAGACUCUUGAAGGCGUGGGUCACGUGAAAGGCAGCCAAGUGCACAGAAGGUUGAAUGUGACACGAAAAGGUGCGGUCUACAAGACCUUCCGUACGGUCGAAAGUUCAUCGACCGAGAAAAAAGCUGCAACGAUCACGGGCCCUCGACCUGGAAGUUCUGGCCUGAAGGUUAGUGCAUUGAGUGCUGGCAUGAAAAAGAUGACCUUACCGCAUACAACUCGUACUCAUAUGAUGAUUCGAGCGCCUGCUGUGAAGGGAAAAGACAAGAAACCAAAACAAGAUGACCAAAAUCAGAAGCAGAUUGGUUGGAUGAGUGGUAUAAAAUUUAGCAGGCAAGAAAACGGCCAACCAUCUCAAAAACGGCCACCUUCUAGGAGGCUAUCGCUUCUAAACCCCGAGUUCGCAGAAGAUGGAGACUGGGAUGCACCGGAAAGUCUGCAUGAUGAGAUUAUACGUAUCCACGAGCAACUUCCCAAGAUCACUUUCGACGACGUCAACAUGGAUAAGAGGGUAGUAGUUGUCUCGAUGAAUGGACCCUGGGGCGAAGAAGGAAACCCUAUCUACAUCAAAGUUACUAUGUCAUUUCCAGACCAGUACCCUGAGACGAAAGCGCCUACCUUUACAUUGCACAAGACAUCACUCAUGCCAAGUGAAAUAUACAGCAAGCUGAAACGCGAGGUACAACAUAUAGCAUCCGGUUUUGUAUCUCGCAAGCAAGGUUGUCUCGAGGCAACCCUUUGCUAUCUAUUGGGAGAAGUAGACCUCGAGGCGAGCACCACCUUCUUAAAGGAUUUUGACGGUAUUGACGACGAUCUCGACGGAUUAGCUGAUGAGAGCUCCAGCGAUGACGAUGCUGCUGAUAUACCCGCGGGGGCUUCGGCUAUGAUGUCUCAGGAGCUCGACUCCAGCGCUACUGAAGACAUGCUAUCAGCGAUGAAUCGGAAUGCCAACGUUCCCCUUCCGAGACUUUGCGGUGCUCGAUUCUCGAUGAAUGGCAAACUAGUAUGCUUCUUUCCCCGGAAAGAGGACAAAGUGAAAUCGCUCUUGGGGACAUUAGUCGCUAAGAACAAUGCGCGGUCGAAAGGAGAGCCCAUCUUCGAAACGUUUGGGCGAUUAACUAAUAACACAUCUCCUGUUCCACGAGGAAAGACAAUGUCUCUGGCCUCAGAAAGCCGAGAUGACUCAGACUCUUCAGACGAUACUGAAUUAUCAUCAUCGAGUGAUUCUGACUCCUCUCACUACCGAGUUGCACGAUUUCCCAUGUCAGACUAUUUCCGCAGAUCUAACCGUCGCCGCUAUAUGAGAGUUUCUCCUACAAUUCUGUCUCAGAGAUCAAGUGCUGCAGGUACUGGGACUGGUACAAAUGCCGGGACGGGCACUGGACUUAGCAGGUCUCGAGCACCGAUGUCCAAGAACAUUGUAUCUCUGUAUGAUGUCAGUGAUCUGUUGCCCUCGAAGAUUGUGCUUGCAAACGAAUACGCUAUAUUUGGAGACGGCCCAGAUGUAUGCAGUACAAACGCGACUAUUGCUGAGAAGCAUGGCCUGAGGGAUCUUGCAGAUAUUUGGAGAUAUGCCUCUAUGCUACUACACAAUGAGGUUCCUCUCGAGGUUCUUGCUCAGAAUCACCGUCGUGAGCCAAUACUGGUGAUCGCAAAAAAUUCGAUAAAACAUUCUCGUGGGGAUAGUGGCUCAGAUAGCGGUAUCGACGUAUCUGAUGACUUUGAUCGUACAAAUAGACUAUCUGGUAGGGUUAAAUGGGGAACUAAUCCCCUUGCCAGAAAGGCUGUCGGCGAUUUAUUUGCUCAUUUUGAGAGACUUGCGGACGUUCAGAUGUUGGCAAUGUUAUCGUGUGUUUUCAGUGAGUCCUCUACUGAAGAUACAACGUCUCAAGCGGAGGUACGAUUGGCAACACCACAAACACCUUUAUCGAUGAAGAUGCCUGCCUUCUCUCUUGACUACUUUCCAACCGAGGCUGCAGCUUGGAGCAUGUACCGAAGGACUCAUAUAAACUCUGCCGUCUCAACGCCGAGGCUAGCUCAAACACCCUCUGGCUUGUACGGCUCUGUGGGGUCGUCAAAUGGACCUUGGGGAAGUGAUCCAGCAUCAGCUUCGUAUUCAUGUGGAGACACUCCUCCAUUGAAAUCAAUUCGUGCAAGCCCAGAACACCCUAAUACUCAAAGCCUGUCCACAUCUCCAGAGAACCCCCGCACCUUUCGUCGGGGUAAUUCAGGACUUGCAUCUACCUUUGCUGCAAGCUUCUCCCGUCCAUUCUCAGUCACCGCUUCUUCGUCACCGCCAAAUCCGCCAACUGGCCGGAAGCGACCAAGCCCGGUCGAAAACAUGCUCAGUUCAUUGGCUCCUAGUGCUAUCACAUGGGGUAAUACAACCGUUCUUGGAAGUGUGAAGGAGCAGGUUGGUGCCGAAAGAUUGCCCUACUCUGACGACAAGGAGGCAGAGGAUUCUGGACAGCUAGCAGUCUGCACUGGAAUCAGUGUAACCAUGGAGAAUCAGAGCGCCUUCGACGAUGAAGGCUGCAUGAGUUCGCCAUUAUUGGACCCCUCCCACUCAGCCCUUCAUGCAGGAUAUCGAGCAGCAUAUGCUGAUCUUCUUUUCAUUUGGGGCCACCCUCUAGCACGACUCGAGAUUCUCAAAUUUAACGGGCUGAAAGAUUCCUUCUCGGAAGUUGAUAUUCCUGAUAACAAAUCUUUCGCUGCAUCAAUUCUAUCUAACGAGAGCCGUACCUUGAGCCAUGAACAUUCUCCAUCUCCGAUCGUCCUCGGCAAGAAAGAUCAUUCUUUGGCACCCCAUACACACACGGAUCAGGGCCUCGACGUGAUAGGCUACUGUCUUAAACAUGAUCUUCGUCUCGACCCCGUCAAUCCCGGAUCCCCAGCCGGUGCAGUUGGGCGUUGCGAACGUUGUAAGGCCAUUCAACGCCAACUUCGCUGCACAAUCUGCAUAGAGCCCAUCACUGCAGUCUACUCCGCCUGCCUCUCCUGCGGCUGCGCAACGCAUGAACAUUGUUUGGCCGAAUAUCAUUCUUUCGGCGACACGAAUUGUCCUGGAGGCUGCGAAUGCGACUGUGGGGAGAGAGCAAGCGACGGUAUAGUUGAGAGCUGGGAAGUAAUGCUCGAUGCGAUUGAGCGAUUGAAGUUGCAAGACACGAAUAACUCGGGGAAGGAAAAGGAAGGUUUAGAGGAUUGGGAUAGUGGGGAGCAAGCCGAUUGGGAUAUGGCUCAAACCCUGAAUGGCGGCCCUGGGAGGGGAUAUCCGACGCUGAGUAGAAGAUUUGGACAGAUAAGGUCUGGAGAUUGGGGGAUAUCCGGCGGCAAGAAGAAAGCGAGUAGUUUGAGGUAGGAGGAGCAUUAAAUACCUGCAUUCAGCUGGCGUUCAAGCAUGGUGUUGAGGAUAUCGCAUAGGUAUGUAGGAUUAUGGGCGAGAACAAAGGAUGGGGCUUGAGAUAAUUAAGUAAUGAAUGCAUGACAAUUAUUGAUCAAAGCAGG